GCGGCUGUUUGUUGACUUCCGGUAACGCCAUUCGUUACCGAUGCCUGGAGUACCGCUAUGGGGGUCCACGGGGGUUCCGCCGACCGCGACGGGGCAGAGCUGCUACUUUAGGAGCAACCGAGUCGCCCCCGCCGCCCUCGCGGCCGAGGCACAGCCUCCCCGUACCGUCCGGAGCAUGGGAGAGCCCGAGGAGUUGGUGCCCGAUUCGGGUGCUGUGUUUACCUUUGGAAAAACCAGACUUGCUGAAAAUAUUCCUAGCAAGUUCUGGUUUAAAAAUGAUGUGCCUAUAUAUCUUUCAUGUGGAGAUGAGCAUACUGCUCUCAUCACAGGAAAUAAUAAACUUUACAUGUUUGGCAGUAACAACUGGGGCCAGUUAGGAUUAGGAUCGAAAUCAGCCGUCUACAGACCCAUCUGUGUCAAAGCUUUAAAAUCUGAAAAAGUGAAACUUGCUGCCUGUGGAAGGAACCACACCCUGGUUUCAACAGAAGGAGGCAAUGUAUAUGCAACUGGAGGAAACAAUGAAGGACAGUUAGGGCUCGGAGACACUGAAGAGAGGAACAGCUUUCAUCUAAUUAGCUUUUUUACAUCCCGACAUAAGAUCAAACAGCUUUCUGCCGGGGCUAACAUUUCAGCUGCAUUAACUGAGGAUGGAGAACUUUUUAUGUGGGGUGACAAUUCUGAAGGGCAAAUUGGUUUAAACAGUAUAUCUAAUGUGUAUGUCCCUCGUCAAGUGACUGUCGGGAAACCUAUCUCCUGGAUAUCUUGUGGCUAUUACCAUUCAGCCUUUGUAACAAUGGAGGGCAAACUGUACACAUUUGGAGAACCUGAGUGUGGGAAGUUAGGUCUUCCCAGUGAGCAGCUGAUCAAUCACAGGAAACCCCAGCUGGUAUCUGGAAUUUCCGAAAAAGUGAUCCAAGUAGCUUGUGGUGGAGGACACACUGUGGUUCUCACAGAGAAAGCAGUGUACACCUUUGGUCAAGGACGGUUUGGCCAGUUAGGUCUUGGCAGUUUUAUUUUUCAAGCUCCAGAACCCGCAAUUCUUGAGCAUGUUAAGGACCAGAAAAUACGUCAUAUUUCAUGUGGAGAAAAUCACACAGCUUUGAUAACAGAUGUAGGACAUAUGUAUACUUUUGGAGACGGUCGACAUGGAAAACUAGGACUUGGACUAGAGAAUUUCACCAAUCAGUUCGUUCCCACUUUGUGCUCUCAUUUUUCAAAGUUUAUAAUUCAUUUGGUUGCUUGUGGUGGAUGCCACAUGCUAAUUUUUGCCAUUCCACGACGUGAAGUGGUAGAAGAAAUAACCAUUGAGGAAAUAGAUGAUUUUUACUCACCUCCGGCGGCUUCUCUGCCCAUGGACGAUUCAGCCUCAGGAAGUGCGCUGCAGAGAACAUCACCCACCCGUGGUUCGGCCUCAGGAAGUGCGCUGCAGGGAACAUCAUCCGCCCGUGGUUUGGCCUCAGGAAGUGCGCUGCAGAGAACCUCAUCGGCCCGUGACAGACGAAGAGAGAGGGAAAAAUCCCCAGAGUCUAACCGAAAUAUGUGGGCACUACCUCCAGUGGAAGAGACUCCAGGAUCAUCUGAAUCUUUUUCUGCCACUUCAGUCCCUUUCAGAUUGUCUACAGGUAAUCCGCGAGAGAGAACCAUAACUACCCUCGUGAAGCCAAUAGAACCAGAUGAUUCUCAAGAUAAAAUAACCAAAGGAAGAGAGACAGGUAGUUCUUCAGCACGGGUUUCAGAAGACCUGGGAGAAACUACUGAUGUCUUAAAUAUGACACACGUGAUAAGCCCGAAUUCUAAUGACAAGUCAAUGCAAUUAUCACCAGUUCAAAAACAAAAGGAUGAAGAAUCUUCAGAGAGUGAAGAAACAGAAACGGAAACAGAAACAGAAGACUCAGAUGAGGAGACAAGUGAUGAAAAUCUAGAAAUCAAGAAGAAAACUGUGGAAGACAAUGAAAUAUCAAAUGGCCACAGCAAAACAAAACAAAUGGAAGAAACCAAUGGCGACACAGUUAAAACCCUUGCAAAGGAAGAAAACGCCAGCAGAGAACGAGCCAUUCAUGAAUACAACGAAAAUCCAAAAGGAAAUAUGCAUUCUCGUACAAAGAACAGUUCUUUAGAAGUCCAUGAAGAUAAUGAAUCAAUACUAAGUAAAGAGUCAAAAAAAUCAAAGAGGGGUUUUCUCUUUAAGAGGAUGUCACUGACCAGUCAUAAAAAUCAUAACGAGCCACUCCCAGAGAUAAAACCAAUAGGAGAUCAAAUAAUUCUUAAAGGCAAUAAGGAUGAUGCAAACCAGAACCACAUGGGCCAAAAUCAUAAGGCUACUGCAUCAGCAAAUGGGGACAAAAAGUCAAUAUCUUGUUCAAUACUGUGAGUGUGUUUUUAUGUCUUUAUGGUCACCAAAGACAUUGUCAUUUAUACUUGAAAAACAAUAUAACAUAAAGAAAAUUUCUGAUAACAGACUUUUAAAGAUAUGUUAAUAUUUUAUUUGUCUGAAACAGUGUGACCAGAUUUGGUAUUUAUUUAUGUUAAUAUCUUUAACACACAACUGAAAAAUAUGUUUAUCUCAAACUCUCAAGUGUUGUGGCCUUAACUGUUCAGUGUUGCAAUGAAAAUAUAUUUUUUUAAUGUGAAAAUUAAAUUAAGACAUUUCAUAGUUUUUACUAAACAAUUUUACUUCUUUAUAAUUUCCUGAGGCAAUGUUUGCAAUCUCAUGACACUGUAACAGUUUUUAAUGUAUUUGCAAUUUUUAAAAACUGAGGCAAAAUUGUUUUUGAUGAGCAUAUUUUAAUAAACUAUCUGGUUGGUUCACCUCUUAAAAUGGAUGAGUGUGAGUAAAAUUUGGCCGUACUUGGAGUUCUUAAUUGACACAAUUAGGGCAAAAAAAAAAAAACUGUCUAAAUUUAAAGUAUUGAAGGAAGCAGGAUGUACUUACCUGAGUAAAGAAAAUAUCAAUGUAACCAUUAACAGUCCAUCUCUGUGGGAAAAACUGAGCAUUGAAAUUUCUUUGCUUCCUGCUCCUUUCUUUAGGGAGGUGAUCUGACACGAAAACAUCUUGCACAUGUAGCCUUAUCUGGAAUGUUUGACCAUGCCACAGAUAGUCAUCAUACAAGAACAGAACAUAGCUUGCUUGUUUGAACUGCCUCUAGCAUUGACAGGGAUGACCAAAUUUGACUAAAUCACACAGUGCUCUGUCAUAAAGAAUAAGAAGGCUAAAGCUAUUAAGUCUAAUAUAAACGUAGCUUUCCUAUGCUCAGAGCCCUGGUGGUGCAGUGGUUAAGUGUUUGACUACUAACCAAAAGGUUGGCAGUUCGGAUCCACCAGCUGCUGCUUGGAAACCCUGUGGGGCAAUUCUGCCCUGUCCUUUAGGGUUGCUAUGAGUCAGAAUCAACUUGAUGGCAGUGAGUUUGCUUGGAUUUUCCUGUGCUCACGGGUGCUACUUAUUUAAUGAAACUAACUACCUUUAUUUUCCCCACUCCAGCUUCUGAAUAAGACAUUUUAUUCUUCAGUCAGUCACCAUUUCUCCUUUUGAGCAAAGAAAAAGAAACUAUUUUUACACCUAGAGUAGAUGUGAUUUUGAAAUCUUACGAAAUUGUCUUCUGUGUAAAUAUUACAUUUAGUAGAAUUCUGAUCUUAUAAAACCCGUUGCCAUCUAGUUGAUUCCGACUCAUAGCAACCCUAUAGGACAGAGUAGAACUGCCCCAUAGGGUUUCCAAGCAGUGGCUGCUGGAUUCAAACUGUCAGCCUUUUGGGUAGCAGCCAUAGCUGUUAACCACUGUACCACCAGGGCCCCCCAAAAAGUUUAGGGUAGAAUAACCUGUUGCUGUUGAGUUGAUUCUGACUCUUAGUGACCGUAUAGGACAGAGUAGAACUGCCCCCUGAAGUUUCCAAGAAGCUGCUGGUGGAUUCAAACUGCUGAUCUUUUGGUUAGCAGUCAAGCUCUUAACCGCUGUGCCACCAGGGCUCCUUGGUCUCCUUGGUCUUAUUAAAGGUAAAUUUAAUACUGUACUAAUACGGCAUCGCAAAAUACUUUACCAAAAUAUAAACUAUAGGAGCCGAUUGGAAGUAAAGGUCACAGAUGGUAUGAAGACCUGCCAGCUGUGGUAGACAGCAUUUUAAGAUAGCCCUCAAGAUUCCAACCUAUUGUAUAUUAAAAAAAAAAUACCAUGUAAAAUUUUCCCUUGAGUAUGGGCAGAACUUGUAAAUAUGAUGGGAUAUCAUUCCCGUGCUUAGAUUACAUUAUAUGAAAAAGUGAAGUGGUUUUGCAGAUGUAAUUAAAGUUCCUAAUCAGUUGACUUUGAGUUAAUUAAAAGGGAGAUUACCCUGGAGGGACCUGACCUAAUCAGGUGAGUCUUUUAAAAGAAGGUCCAGAGACAAAAGAAGUCAGAUUCAAAACAGCAAAAAUCUUUUCCUGUUGGCCUUAAAGAAGCAAACUGCCAUGUUAUGGAGAGGGCCGGGUGCCAGGGGUCAUGGCAGCCUCUAGGACCUGAGGGCUUUGGUCCUGUAACCAUAAGGAACUGAAUUUUGCUGACAACCAGUGAGCUUGGAAAAGGACCCCAAUCCUCUGGUGAGACCACAACACCAACUGACACCUUGAUUGCACUCUUGUGAGAUCCUGACCAGAGGACCUAUCUAAGCAGUGCCCAGACUCCAGACUCAUGAAAACUAUGAGGUAAUAAAUGCAUGUUGUUUUAAUUCACAAAUGUAUGGUAAUUUGUUAGCAACAAUAGGAAAAUACCAGUUUAUUAUGGGGGAGGGCCUCUCUAUAUGAUAGCUUUCUUCAUUAAAGCCUGUGAGGGAGAGAGUCUCUAGCAAGACAGAAGUCACAGUCUUAUGUAAUCAUGAAAAUGACAUCCCUUCCCCUUUGCCAUAUUUUAUUGAUUAGAAGCAAGUUACAGGUCCUGCCCACACUCAAGCAAAAGGAAUUACACAAGGGUGUCAACUCCAGGAGACAAGGAUUAUGGGGGUCAUCUUAGAGCCUACCAACCAUAUUGGUCACUUGGCCAGUGAUUCAAAAGGAGAAAGGAACAGAUAGAAUUAAGUCAAAGCACUUGGAAGAAGUGGACAUGAGACAAGCCUCACCAAACUGAUAAAGUAUUUUGCUUUGUCAGAGGCAAUUCAUACUUUUAAUAAGGUGGUUUGUGAAGAACACGAACACUGCGUCAAUGAUUCAAGUAGAUGCUUUUGUGAAAACAGUUAUAAAAACACUAUUCCACCGAUCUGCCCUUGGACCCUGAAUGCUUAUUUCUUUUCUAAAUUUGGGUUGAUAAUCUGGAUUUUACAUUGAAGAAAGACUUCCUGAGCACUUUCCAUGUGCCGUAUAUCAUGCCAGAAACUAAGAAAACAAAGUUACGGUUUUGUGGUAAUAAAGUGAAGAAAAUGGGGUAUGAUUCUGCAUUAUCAAUUGGAGAUAUUUGGGCCAUUUUAAAAUCUAAACUGCUUAAUUGGAUGGUUAAAGCAAACAAACAAAAAAAAAAAAACUAAGUUAACAUAUUUGAGAAUUCUUUAAAAAACCAGAAAAGGUCAUUGAUAGAAUUGAGUAGAAUGAUCAGUUUACAGUAGUUUCAAAAAUAAAAGGAGUGCUGAUGAAGAGUGAGCUAAUUAUAUCAGGUGGACACUUGAGACUGUGUUGGCGUCUUCUGUCUGGAGAGGGGAUGGGAGGAUAGAGAGAGUUGGAAGCUGGCAAAAUUGUCACGAAAGUAGAGACUGGAAGGGCUGACUCAUUAGGGGGAGAGCAAGUGGGAGUAAGGAGUAAGAUGUAUAUAAACUUAUGUGUGACAGACUGACUUGAUUUGUAAACGUUCACUUGAAGCUCAAUAAAAGUUAAUAAAAAAAAUAAAUAAAAGGAGCUGCAUUUACUGAUAAUCUUAUAGCUCAAAAGAAGUGAAAUGACUUUUUAAUCCCCAAACUGUUAAUCUUCAUUUUUUCCAUUCAUUCUUCCCUCUCUAUAAUGUUACUUUAGAUAUUACUUAUUACCUUAAUAGGACCUAAAAAUAGAAUCUGUUGACUUGAACAUUAGGGAGUCAUUGACAUUGUUCAGAUAUAUUAUUGGUCAAGUAUUAAAUGGAUAUUAAUUUUUAAAAGACAGUAAUGAUAAAAUUUUAUUGGUCUUAUAAAAGAACAUGCAAAUCCAUGUGAUAAUAUUAAAGAUAAAGGAAAAAUUGGUGUCAUAAAGAACCUAUGUAUGAAGAAGAAAAUGUUGUUUUGGAAAAGUACUUACAUUUGAGAGCUACAGAUCAUAUAAAGAAUACUCUCAGUUGUUUAUAGUUUUUAUUCUCUUAAAUUCUUACUUUUUUCCCAAAAUGUAGCUCAAUCCUGGAUCUUUAAUGAUAUGUCUUCUGUGGAAGUACUUUGUGAUGUUGGAACUCACACUGUAUCACCAGUUACAUCAAAGCAGGAAUCUUAGUGGGUUAUCCCAGGCCCAGUAGGCACAUAUUAAAUGCUAAAUGAGUGUUAAAUAAAUUACCACAUUUACAGUUGUAGUGUUUGAACAAAGAAUUGUUUCUUAGAACUUUGUAAACACGUUCUUUAAAAAGGUUGAACUCACUUCUUUGAAGUAUUUACCAUAUGGUUCAUUGCAGGCUAUUAUAAAUCCGUAGAGGAAAAGGAAAAUCUUCCCGUGGACAAGAGAGAAUCUGUCUCUUAGUAGUGGACAUUGUCAGAAGCACCCAAAAAAGGGAAAACUAGGCUAACUAGAUUUAUAAUCAUCAGCAUUGACAACAGGAAAGGGAGUCAAAAGUUAUUACCAUAGGUCUCUACCCAUGAGACCCAAGUGGCAGUAGAAGGAAGUUGGCACUCUGAAUAAUUAUUUUGCGACAGAGCCAGACUGAUUUCUGUAUUGUGCUCCUCAACUUAAGAUUGUUUUCCUGCCCACUUUGAUUUUGUGAAGCUACUAAAAUUGAAAAUAUUUUCAUACUUAGAAUUUCCUUAUUUGGGGUACAUGGCGUAAAGAUUUUUUAAUCUGGUAUUAGUUCUUUAAAAUGCUUAGAGUAUCUUUUUAAACAGAAACUAGAAAAGCCUUUAUCUCAGAAAUGAGGGGGAUAUUUUUACUGAAUUGAACACAAAAUGCAUUUAAACCAGGGGUCGCGUAACUAAAGUAGUUUCAGAGGCUAGACAGGUAGGAGCAUAUUGUAGCUGCUGCCACUCUGUCCCAGCUGAUGGUUGUUGUAUUUCCCAAUACUGGGCCCAGUGUUUUAAACAAAAUACAUUAAGAGAAAUGGGUUUAUAAGGAAAAUAUAUUGAAAUAGUGAGGCUCUGGAUUUAUCUCAAUUAUCUUCCCUAGUUUGAUCUCAGAUUUUAAGCAGGAAAUGACAGUUAAAGAAUUAACUAGAAAAGUGCUCAUUCUACUAAGGUAAUUUAAGUUUUCUGUUGUGUACAAAUGCUAAGCCUUCUUAGGAGUGUGGGCAUUUGGGGGGAUGAGAGAGGGCAACUAUAAUGAAUACAAUGAAGUAAGAUGUUUUUGCUGGAAGAAAUUACAUUCCAGUCAAGAGACAGCCUACUGACCAGGUUUUUGAUCCCUCCAACAUUGUGGUGGAUGACUACUUUGGCAUAAAGUUAUUAUACAAUAAUCACUGGAAGAGGAGUCCUAGUAGUGCAGUGGUUAAGCACUCAGCUGCUAACUGAAAGGUCGGUGGUUCAAACCCACCAGGCACUCUGUGGGAGAAAGAUGUGGCAGUCUGCUUCCAUAAAGAUUAUAGCCUUGGAAACCCUGUGGGGCAGUUCUACUCUGUCCCAUAGGGUAGCUGUGAGUCAGAAUCAACUCAAUGGCACACAGUGCAGUAACAGUCACUCAAAAUGCCAGGAAAUGUUAUCUUGGCCCAAAAAUAAUUUGUUAAAGCUACUGCAGGAAACUUACCUGGCCAGGGCAAGCUGCGUUCCCAAAUAGUUCCACUUGCAUCCAUUUUCAUCUGGUAUAUAUCAUAUAAAUAUGAUAGAUGCCUUAAGUAAAGUUAGCAGUGGACUGGAGAGCUGUAUCUACCUUUAACCAAAACCAAACCUACUGCCGUCCAGUCGAUUCCAACUCAUAGUGACCCCAUAGAGUUUCCAAGGCUGUAAAUCUCUGUGUAGGCCAACUGCCACAUCUUUCUCCCAAGGAGCCACUGGUGGUUUCAAACUGCCAACCUUUCAGUUAGCAGUCAAUCACUUUAACCACAGUGCCACCAGGGCUCUUUGUAUCUAACUUUUAGGAUUGUGUAAAUAGCAGUAAAGCACUUUUUAAAUUUUUACCUAAGAAAUAUCUUAAUCUGGUUCAGUGGUUAAAAAACUGUCCCAAGGUGAAAAGUUUUGUUUUUUUUUCUAGAAAACCUUUUAGAGGUUCUCAAAAGCAGUCUGUCCAAGUAAUUUGUUCCUAAUUUGUCAAAACAGUAGCGCACUACUUUAAAAAAAUUUUAUACAAUUUUCCCUAUGGAUGUAAAGGUUAUUACAACAAAAAGUUUUCUAAUGCCUUUAAUAAUUGCUUAAAAAUUAUUAAUAUCCUCUGCAUAAGAAUAUUAGAUUUUAUAUUUAUAGGUAAGUUAUAUUUUCCAACUCACCAUUAGAUUUAUAUUGACUCAUCCUACAUUUAUUUAAUUUACUGUAUAUUGUAAUUGAGAAUAACAAAAAUUAUAUAAAACUUUAAACCAGUUUGGGAAAACGUGAAGCAUCAGAUGGAUCUCUAAAUUGUUUCCUCAGUAAUUAAUAGAUUAUGUAAGACUUUAGUAAUUAAACUAGAGACUUAACUUAAAUAUGAAAUCCAGUUAUUAAAAUUAACCAGUGUGGUUUAAAUUUUUUAUUGUGAAGAAUUUCAAGUAUAGAGAAAAGUAGAAAGAUUUAUAGAAUAAACACACAUAAACCCAUCACAUAGGUGUAAGUUACUAACACUUUGCCAUGUUUGCUUCAUUUGCUUCCAGAUGUUCCAACCCUAAAUAAAUCAGUAUGCAUUUCUAAAUGACAUUUUGUGCAUCAUAUAUCUUGUCUACCAAAAUUAACAAUAAUUUUGUAAUAUAAUAUCAGCUAAUACCCAAUGUCAUAUUCAAAUUUCCUUUGUUCUUCUCAAAAUGCCUUUUACAAGCUGGUUCACUCAAACCAGGGAUCAAGCAAAAUCCAUGCAUUGCAUUAGGUUGUUACAUCUCUUACGUCUCUUGUAAUCUAUAAUCAUUUCCUCCCCAUAUUUUUUUCAUGACAUUGACUUUUUAAAGAGACCAGAACGAUUGUCUUGUAAAAUGUAACCAUGUGCAUUUAAAAGCAAGUCUUUUAAUCUUCUGGUAAUUCUUAGUAAGUGGGUCAGACUACCCUACCAUUGGGAACAGAUAGAAAACCUGGAAGCUGAAAUACAUAUAAACAAAAUAAAUAAAACAACAUUUGAAAGUAUCAGAGUGUUACCAAGACAUUAAAGAAUUUGGGAACCAAUUUGGGAGAGACGGAAGUCCAAAUAGAUGUGCUUGGCAUGUGGGACUGCUUUUCACUGAGAAGUAUUAGUUGCUUCUAAAGUUUAAUAUUUUCAAGGAAUUAAUAUAAAAAAUUGGAGAUUUUGGUAGAAAAAUGAAAGCUAUAAAAAAGGAGCCAAACAAAUUCUAGAACUAAAUGCAAGAAGUAAAAUUAAGACAAUAUAAAGGUUUAUUAAAUAGAUGAUUGAUAGAAAACAUUGGUAAACUGAAAGACCAAAGGGAAAUACUGAGACUGAAGCUCAGAGAAACAAACGGAUUCAAAAAUACAGAAAAAAAUGUCAGAGACAUUUGUAGUAUGGCAAAAAGGCCAAACAUAUGUAUAUUUGGAACCCCAAAAGGAAAAGAGAGUAUAAAAGAAGCAAUAUUUGAAGAAAUAAUUUCUGGGAACUUUUUAAAACAAAAGAUAUCAACCCAAAGAUUCAUGAAGCACUGCAAACACCAAGCAGGAAAAAUAUAAAGCCAUACUAAAGCUAUUGAUAAUGAAACUACUUGUAAUACACCUGUAAUAGAGAGUCUUAACUCCCAUUUUUUUUAAUGUUUGCUGAGAGAUUUUAAGCCUCAUCCUGCCCUCUUCUGUCCCACACUGAAAAAGCUGAUAAGAAAACUCAGGCACUUCCUCCUUUGGCAACAACUGAAAGUACAAACCACACAAGCUUAGGCCUGCAUGUGGGAACCCUUACCUCAGCUAUACCCCUAACCACCAUAAAAAUCUUAAGCUAGUCUUCUUUCUCUGCUCUCUCAAGCAAUUUUUGGACUAGCCUAGGAAACCCGCCCUACUAUCCUCAGCUGUGUGUCAUCAAGUUGACUCUGACUUGUAGCAAACCCUAUAGGACAGAGUAGAACUGCUCCAUAGAGUUUUUUGGCUGUGAUUUUUGUGGAAGCAGAUUGUCACAUCUUUCUCCCACGGAGACAUUUUGGGUUGCCACAACUUGCAGGAGGGAGUUUCUACUGGAAUCUAGUGGGUAGAGGCCAGGGAUGCUGCCAAACAUUCUACAAUGCACAGUACAGCCAUCCACAGCAAAGAAUUCUGCAGCCCAAAUUGUCAACAGUGUUGAGGUUGAGAAACCCUGCCCUAGAGAAAGAAAAACUACAUUCACACAAAAAACCUGUACACAAAUGUUUUAUAGCAUCUCUAUUCACAAUCUCCAAAACCUGGAAGCAACUCACAUGUCCUUCAGUGGCAAUUAGAUAAGCAAAUUGUUAACAUCCAUACAGUGGGAUACUACUCAGCAAUAAAGUGAACUAUUGACACAUGCAACAACUUGAAUGAAUCUCAAAAGCAUUAUGCUGAGUGAAAGAAAGCAGUCUCAACAUGUUACCUACUGUAUGACUGGAUAUCAAAGACAUUCUCAUAAAGAAAAAACUGUAAUGAUGGGGAACAUAUCAGUGAUUCCCAGGGGUUAGAAGUGGAAGGAGGAUGUAACUACAAAGGCAUAACACGAAAGUUUUUUGGGGAGAUGGAACUAUUCCAUAUUCUGAUUUUGGUGGUAUUACAUGAAACUAUACAUGUGUUAAAAUUCAUAGGACUAUAGAACUGUACGUCAAAAACAAGUUCAACUUUAUUGCAUGUUAAUUUUUAAAAUAUACUGAUAAAAACUUAGAACAGUUAUUUGUAAUGAAAACAAUGAGGUCUGACAACCUGGCUUGCUCUAAAGAUAAAAUUUGGGUUAGUUCAGAGCAGCAGCUCUUAGCCAAGUGUCUAUAUGAAACACAGGGAAGUUUUGCAAAAUAUGACCGCCUGUGCCUUACUUCGUCCUAAUUUACUAGGUCAAGGCUAGGGCCUGAAUACAUUUUUUAAAGCAAUUCUGAUAAACACUGAAAGGAGAGAAGAAUAAACCUUCAGAAUAUUCUCACCAGCAAGCUUCUAUUAAUAAAUAAUUAGCAAAAAUCUCCAGGUUAUUUUCUCUGACCACCACUCGUCUGUCAGUUUGUCAUACACAGGUGGCUUGUGUGUGCCACUGGUAUUUCAAAUACCAGCAGGGUCACCCAUGGUAGACAGGUUUCAGCAGAGCUUCCAGACUAAGACAGACUGGGAAGAAGGAACUGGUGUUCUAAAAAAACUGACGAGUGAAAACUUUAUGGAUAGCAGCAGAAUGUUGUCUGAUACAGCGUCAGAAGAUGAACCCCUCAUGUUGGAAUUCACUCAAUAUAUGACUGAUGAAGAGCUGCCUCCUCAAAGUAGACAACCUUAAUGAUGUAGAUGGAGUAAAGUUGGUGUUGAUGUGGCAUGACUCAAAAUAAGAAGAAACAGCUGCAAACAUUGUGAUAAAUGGAGAAAAGAUUGAAGUUGUCAAGGAUUUCAUCUUACUUGUACCCACAAUCAACACCCAUGGAGGCAGCAGUCAAGAAAUCAAAAAACCCAUUGCAUCGGGCGGAUUUGCUGCAAAAGACCUCUUUAAAGUGUUGAAGAGCAAAGAUGUCACCUUGAAGACUAAGGUGCACCUGACCCAAGCCAUGGUGUUUUCAGUCACCUCAUACACAUGCGAAAGUUGGACGAUGAAUAAGGAAGACUGAAGAAGAAUUGACGCCUUUGAAUUGUGGUGUUGGUGAAGGAUAUUGAAUAUACUAGGGACUGCCAGAAGAGCAAACAAGUCUGUCUUGGAAGAAGUACAACCAGAAUGCUCCUUUGAAGCAAUGAUGAUAAGACUACAUCUCACAUACUUUGGACAUGUUAUCAGGAGGGACCAGUCCCUGGCGAAGGACAUCGUGCUUGGUAGAGGGUUAGCAAAAGACAGGAGGACCCUCAAUGAGCUGGAUUGACACAGCGGCUGCCACAAUGGGCUCAAGCAUAACAAUGAUUGUGAGGAUGGUGCACGACCUGGCAGUGUUUUGUUCUGUUGUACAUAGGGUUGGUAUUAGUUGGGACUGACUCAAUGGCACCUAACAACAACAUUUUCUCUGAAAGAUACUGGUUGUAUUAGUCUGAGUAGGUUAACUGUUGUAACAAAGACUCCCCAAUUCUCAGUUGUUUAACACUAUAAAUGUUUAUUUCCAUGUCAUGUUAUAAUUCACUAGCGGUCAGUGGAUCGCCUUGCUCUACACAUUCAGGGACUUUGGCUCCUAUCAUCUGGUACUCUGACACCUUGACACCCUCCAGGCCUGGAAGUGGCAUAUAUCACUUCUGCCCACAUUCUAUUGGUAUUCAAUUACAUGGGCCCAACUUAUGCAAGGGAAAUUGGAAAAUAUAAACUUAUUGUGAGCCCAGGAAAACAGAACUGCCACAAUGGCAUAUUCUCGCUCUAUGUGCCAAUGAAGGUCAUAGCCAUGUGCUUUCACAAUCACCUGAGUGAAUGACUAUGGAAUACUUAUUUUAUACCUUUUAUAAUUUAAAAGUCAUUUUUAAAAGAUAAUUCAAACAAAACACAGUCAAGUUUCCAAAGCAUAGUUGUCUGGUCCUAAGACUACUAGAAAAUAUGUAAAAGAACUGAGUCCCAAAUUCCCUUUUGCCAGUAUAACUACACUCUAGCCCCAGAUGGAAUGACACAACUUGGCAGGUCCUCCCCAUACUGCCAUGUCUAUAACUGUCUUUUUGAACAUGUCUAUAACUCUCUUUUUGAAACAUUUUGGGCUUCGGGGCCCUCCCCCCCCAUUCUUGCUUCUGAUCACAAGAACCUGUCAUCACCCUUGUUUCCCUUGUACCCCAGUGAAUGGUAUUGUUUCUAGGUUUUGUCAGCUCUGUCCUUUUCCAGAAUAUUCAGUGAAGAUCCACACAGAUGUUUCCUACCUACUUUCUUCUCAUACAGAUAGCAGUGCGGACUUGAAAAAUCCACUCAUCACACAUUCUUCAUUAUAAUGUAUAAAAAUAUGAUCCAUAACCAUAAUAUCUGUACCACAUAUAUUCAGAAAUACAGGAAAUUGGAUGUGAUCAGCAGGAUGGGCAUCACAGAGGUACUCCAGGAUGAUGGCACACAUGGAAUAUCGUUUAUCCUGUUUUCACUCUCCACUCAAGUGCUAGAAAAAUGAUUCUUUGGCUUGUGUGGUAGUGAUGGCAGCAGACUGUGCAAUGGCUGUAUGUGGGAAGGGGCGGGAGGAGGAGGAGACAGAGAAUAGAAAUCAUCUAUGAUCUAUCUACCAAGACAGAAAUUGAUCACCAUUUUCUUAAAUGGGCCUAAACAUGAAACACAUGGAAUAAUCAAUCUAUUCUGUUCCCUAUCUCUGUAACAGAAUGCAUUUGUGUUGAAAACAAGGUUUGCUUCCAAGAUAAGAUUACAUGCAAGGGAUUUUGUGCCUUCUCCUUUCUGAGAACCUGGAUAGACUGAAUGACAUAGGGUUCCAAAGGCCACCUCUCUUGCUCCAGUGUGGGACUAAUUCUGAUUCUCCAACUAUUCUAUGGUAUCAGACUGAAGCCAGUCUCUACUUGUUAGCACAUUUUUGCUUACAUUUUCCUCCCCUGCUACCUUCCUUCCUUUAGUUCCAUUAUCCUGAGAACACACCUCCAACAAAUCACUUGAACAAGAGUAUCAGGCUGUACUUGCAGGGAACAUGAUCUAAAACAUACUCACACAUAGAAAACCCUCUACCAUUCCCCCAAAGUCCCAUGUAAUCACUGGAUCCAGCUCAAAAUCCAACAUCUCUGGGUGAUGCAUACUAGUCUUUACAUCAGAGCUAGUCCUGGUUCUUCUUUGUCCAGAAACUUACUAAAAAGGCAAAUUAUCUCCUUCCGCCACUCAGCAUUCCUUUUUUGUGAUAUCUUUGUCUAGUUUUGGUAUCAGAGUAAUGCUCAGAAUCAGGUAAUGCUCAGGCCUCAGAAUGAGUCAAUUUUCUCUAAGACUCUGGAAUUGGUAUUAUUUUUUCUUUUUUAUUUAAAUGUUUGGUAGAACUCAUUAAUAAAGCCAGCUGGACCUGGAAUUUUCCUUGUGGGAAAGUUUUAAUUACACACAUUGACUUUUAAAUGCUUAAGUCUAAGAAUAACUCAUCACACUUUUCACAGUCACAUGGUUCUGCCUUUAAUUGUAAGAAGGGUAGUGUUGUAGUUGCCUAGUGCCUCUGUAACAGAAAUACCACAAGUGGGUGGCUUUAACAAACAGAAAUUUAUUAUCUCGUAGUUUAGAAGGUUAGAAGUCUGAAUUCAGGGUGCCAGCUCUAGGGGAAGGCUUCCUUUCUGUCAGCUUUACAGGAAGGUCCUUGUCUUCUUUCAACAUCUGUUGGCCCAGCGUUCCUUGGAGAUCACCAUGUGUCUUGGCAUCAGUCUUUCCCUGGGUCUAGGAGGUUCUCA